AUGUCUGAUAAUUGCGCACCUAAUGAACACACAACGCGGGACAGAGCAUCCGGUUCUGGCCGAGGCAAUAUUGGCCCUGAUAGGAACCGAGCUACGAUCGACAGCAGUCCGACUCUUUCUGAGCGAUACGGGGUCAACAGAAGUCAGCGAGGACAGCCCAGCUGGUCCCAGUCACAGUCAGCUCGGCCAGAUCGCAUCGCCGAGGCCAAGCGUCGUCAGAUCAAGGCUGAGGCGUAUGCUUCUCUCGAUAAGCCCCGCCAAAAUCGCGCGAUCAGGGCUCAAGGUGGCCUCGAGAGCCGCGUCGUCGAGGUGCCUAAGGUGGUUAAGGUUCUCUGUGCUGAGUGUGGCAGCACCUGCCAUACCUUGAAGGGCUGCAUCACCACCACUGGCAUUCGGGGGUGUGUGUUCUGCAACAGCACGAGCCAUGCCACCGACAGCUGCAGAGAGUUCUCUCGCCUUAGCAUGGGACAAAAAGUUCAGUUGCUCGUGACAGACCGCGCUAGCAAGCCGCCCAUCCUGACAGACGACCCCUGGUGGGUAUGGCUGCACAGGUUCUUGACGGCCCCCCACACGAAGGACGAGCUAAUUCCGGAAUCGUUCCCCUGGACAAUGGAGUUCGCUCGCGAGGUGUACGAUGGCAAGAAGCAAAAGUCCAUCAAGGAGUAUCAGCACGAGGUCGACCACUCUCACAAGGUCAGCGCUCUUCCUACGGAUGCGCGCCUGCAGACAAUGAAGGACGUCUUCACACUCUUCUGGGAUAGGGAGGGCAGGGCGUGGCCGGCUCGUCUGGACAGCCCGCCAGCCUCGACCGAGGACAACGCCUCUAGUCAAACGGCUACGAAUCCGGGGGCACCAAGCAUGGAGGAGACGCAGAGGCUGGGGGAGAUUAUCAUUGGACAAGCGGGGGAGAUUCAUGACUGGAAGAAGAAGUAUGAACUGUUGAAGAUUGAGAAUGAGGAGUUGAAGAGAAGGUUGGCCUAA